CCUCUGAGCGGUCCUGGUCCUGGUCCUGUUCCCUGUCCUGGUCCUGGUCUCUGUCCUGGUCCUGGUCCCGAUCCGAAGGCGGGCGCCCAACCAUGCAGCUGCACUUCAAGAGCUGGAUGUUGGCUCUGCUCACCCUGCUGAUUGUCUUCCUCAUCUUCGCGGAUAUUUCCGAGCUCGAAGAAGAGAUCGGGAAUUCUGGAGGCAGAGGUACAAUCAGAUCAGCUGUGAACAGCUUACAUAGCAAAUCUAAUAGAGCUGAAGUCGUAAUAAAUGGCUCUUCAUCUCCAGCUGUUGUUGACAGAAGUAAUGAAAGCAUUAAGCACAACAUUAAGCCAGCCUCAUCCAAAUGGAAGCACAACCAGACACUCUCUUUGAAGAUCAGGAAGCAAAUUUUAAAAUUCUUAGAUGCAGAAAAGGACAUCUCAGUCCUGAAGGGGACGCUGAAGCCCGGAGACAUCAUCCAUUACAUCUUCGACCGAGACAGCACCAUGAACGUGUCUCAGAACCUGUAUGAGCUCCUCCCCAGGGCCUCCCCUUUGAAAAACAAGCACUUUCCCAGCUGUGCCAUCGUCGGCAACUCGGGCAUCCUGCUCAACAGUGGAUGUGGGCAGGAGAUUGAUGCCCACAGCUUUGUUAUAAGGUGCAACCUGGCCCCUGUCCAAGAAUUUUCCCGGGACGUGGGACUGAAGACGGACCUGGUGACCAUGAACCCAUCCGUCAUCCAGCGGGCCUUUGAGGACCUGGUCAACGAGACAUGGAGGGAGAAGCUGCUCCAGCGACUCCAAAGCCUCAACGGCAGCAUCCUGUGGAUCCCUGCCUUCAUGGCCAAGGGUGGCAAGGAGCGUGUGGAUUGGGUGAACGACCUCAUUCUCAAGCACCGCAUCAACGUGCGCACGGCCUACCCCUCGCUGCGCCUGCUGCACGCCGUCCGUGGGUACUGGCUGACGAACAGAGUGCAUAUCAAGAGACCCACCACAGGCCUGCUGAUGUACACCCUGGCCACACGCUUCUGCAACAGGAUCUACCUCUAUGGCUUCUGGCCCUUUCCCCGAGACCAGAACCAGAAGCUGGUCAAGUACCACUAUUAUGACAGCCUCAAGUACGGCUACACGUCACAAGCCAGCCCCCACACCAUGCCGCUGGAAUUCAAAGCCCUGAAGACCUUGCAUCAGCAGGGAGCUUUGAAACUGACCGUCGGGGAGUGCGAUGGGGCCACGUAAAAGGCGGGCUGGGCGUUCUCCGUGGCUCACACUCCUGCAGGUUACACCACGGGCAGAAGGGGGCGGAUGCCAAAGACAAUAGGAUGAGCAGGAGCUAGUGGUUUUCUUUGUUCAAGUGUAAAAACAGUGACCAGAAUAUAUAUACCCACAUAUA